GCCGCCGCGCAUGGCUGUUGAGAGAUCUAAAUCUAUAACAGGUAGAGCCAAGUUCACAAGGCUCGAAUGGCAGGCGAUAACAAUUACACUUUGCAUCUGAUAUGCAAUUCAUUUCCGGUAAGACUUGACUUGCGAAUUGGUCCCGUCAACGAGGCAGCUCAUUAGAAGCAAAAUCCUGGUUGGAUUAGCGUAACACUGCGCCUGCCAGAGGCGCCAUGGGCACGGAGCGCAUGAUAAAAAGGGCUUGGUAUGAUGUUCCAUUUUGUGAUCAAUUUCCAAACUCUCGCAAAGGAUAACAAGGGUUCUCCUGCUUCCGUACUAUUUUACCUGUCCCCUAGAGUCAUACAUUCAUCCAGGUCAACACGACAAGACAUGUCGUCCUCAUGGUCAGUACAGGCCCCUGGUCAAUAUUCAACAAGACUACUAGUCCGGCAGUCAUAUCUCGAGUGCCUCGACCGCCUCUACAGGUUAGAGCGUCGCGUGCACGAGGAAAUCCAGGAGGUUCACACCUUCAUGGAUCUCCUUGACAACUACCAGUCAGAUGCCACAAUGGAGGAUUCGGACGGAUGUGAUAGCACCAUCGACUUCCAAGCUGGACUCGAUAGCCUCGAUGCUAUUCUACCGUCUGAAUCUUUGCACGACCCCUGCUUCGUGCUACAGCCUGCAUCGCACGAAGCAUCGUUCGGGGUCAUGGAAUUGUUAACAGAGAGUACAGAGAGUAAGUUGCUGUAUAUGCAGUUUUUCCUUUGAAUGCUU